UAAAGGACAGCUGAAGGUUGGAAAACACUCUGCAGACGGCUGACCAGCAGGGAGAAGUCUGAGGUUUUCUGCCGCCAUGUUUCCGGCGGUGUACCUCCUCCCGCUGAUGCUGCUAUCUGGGCUGAGCUCAGAAUCCACAGCCACUCAAUCUGACAACAGCACUGGCAAGAAAUACUUCAUUGUUUUGCCGGAGAACAUUGCCUCCUAUCAUCCUAUUCCACCCAAAAACCAGAUCUAUGUCACUGCCUUAUAUAAUGACACAAGCGUAACAAUCAUACAGCACACCUACAAUACAAGAACAGUGACCAUGCAGGCUGCAGAAAGUCGUGAUUUCAUUCUGGAUGGAAGACUGGAGCUCGGUAAGGCAGCAAUCUCUAACAACGUGCUUGAAAUUACCAGCACCAAAGAAAUCACUAUCCAGGCCAUUAGCUUUAGAAACUCCAGUAUCCAGACUGCUCUGGUUAUACCGACUGACAAACUCGCCAAAAAGUACCUCAUCCCACCAAUACCCCAAAUCCAAGGAUCCACUUUACUUGCUGACGUAGUCACCACACUGGUAACAGAGCGAGCCCCGUUCAAACUCAUUAUUGUCAAUGGUGAUAAGGCAAACAAGAUAACUGUCAAAGGCAACGUCCUCAAAGAAGUUAAUCUUCAGCCCAAACAGGUCGCUCAGAUCUGGGUACGAGAAAAAGAAGCCUUGCGAGUCGUGGAAGCCACACAGCCAGUGGCGGUCCUUUUUGGCCAUCCAUGUGCCAUCCAGAGUAAAUGCAAUUGUGGGCUGCUGUACACCAUGUUGUCGCCAGCCAGAGAUGAGACCCUCAAGUUCUUCAUUCCUUCAACUUUUCCAUGGGAAGAUGAAACAAAAAUACUCUUAUCAGAGACAGGAUCUGCAAAAAUAGAGGCCUUCAGCCCAGACUCACCACUGAUCAAGGUAGCCGGUACAGCCAUCCUCUACCAUCCAAAAUUACUCCUCACUCUGAUCCCAGAGACAGACUUUGCCUGUUGUUAUGUUGUCACCCCCAUCCCUGACAUGCAAAACUAUGCUGUAAUCGUGGUGCACAAGGACCAAACUGAGGGUGUUCAUGUCGGAAAGAAUCCUCAUCAAGGCUCAGAGUGGACGGAACUGAAAGGGACUGAUUAUGUUUCGACAAAAAUUACUGUGCAACCAAGAGCUACACCUGACUCAUCUAUAUCAACUACCAUCAUCUGGCAUGCUUCCUCCAAAAUGGCUGUCUAUUUUCUGGGACAAGACAGCAACAGUAUAUUUGGAAACCCAGCACCUGUGAUCAGCAAAUCCCCAGCAGAUUACAGGGGUUGCGUCUUAAUUCCAGGGGUCAUAAAAAUCGGAGACAAUGCAGACGGCUGGCGUGAAUCUCUGAAAUACUGCCGCGACAAGGACAUGGAGUUGAUCUGCCUCUCCGAGGCCAAAUCUCAACCACAAGCCACCAAAAGACUGAGCGAGCUCAACAACGGCAACCUGCAGGAGGUAUGGAUAGGCAUGCGUCAGAGUUCCCUCACCGGGGAGUAUUACUGGGUAAAUGAGGAUCCUGUCAAAAGCACCAACUGGCAAAAUGGUGAGCCCUCGAUUGAGACCAGCCACAAGUGUGUCCUCAUGGGUGCGAAGAGUGACAAGGACUUCAGCUGGAGGAGUGAGGAUUGCUGUAAGGCCUUCCAUCCUGUCUGCUACACAGAGACGGAGAUCUUAGAAUCGUGGGAUGAUUGAUAAAGUAAUGUAAUUGGUCUUAUCCACCACCAUAAUGUAGCUGCUAUGCUCUAUUAUAAAUAUUCUUACAUUAUUAGAAGUCAUUAAAAUUGGUCUAAGUAUACAGAAGUUUAGGUUUGAGAAAUGUUUUCUAUCUGAAAAAGUUGUCAAAAAUCCAGAAGGAAGACAAUGUUGUCUGCAAUGCUGUUAGCUACAAAAUGUUUUGUAAACCUACAGUCUGUAUGCAGGAACCUCUUCCUUCAGUUUCUUUCAGGUCUGGAAUUUGCUGAAAAAUUUGUGUUGGAUUUCAGAGAUUUCAGCACCGUUAUGUGCAGAAAUAUGCAACAUCGCCAACUGAUUUGAAUCAUUCAUAUUUGUCCACAGAGAUUUAAACUUUCAGGAAUAAUCAAGCAUAUUUUCAGAGCAACUGAAUUCAGUUUCAGUCUAAUAAAAGCAAUUUAAAGUUAUCAUAGUAACCAAUACAAAUCUGAGUAGUUUCAUUCAAAUUCAGUUUUUGAAGAAAUAAAACUGUCAUAAUAAUAACACAGUUCUAUUUUUAACAGGCUAUUGAAAUUCAAUAUAUUAAUGCAAUCAUUCAUGUGAAACACAAAUUUUGUUAAAGCCUUUUUUAGGGAAGAUAUGUUUAUAUAGUGGUUCAAUUUGUAUGCUAAUUUGCUAAUUGUUGUAUGUACCUGAGUUUAAAGACAUAUAUUCCACAUAUGACAUAUAAAGACAUAGUUAUUCACUUUAAGAGCAGCUUGAAAAUACUUUCUUGUUUUUAAGAACUAAAGUACUUUGCAGUCCUGUUUCAAUGUAGAAACCUCUGUGUGCCUGAUGUUUAACUUUAUUAUUUUUUUGCUGCUGUGGCAGGAUUAUUAUUGUGCAGCGCUAAGAAAACUUACUCUCCUAUGCACCAGUGGCAGAUUUUAAGUUGAUUGAAUAUUUUGUUGUUUAUUGAGGGGUAGUUAUUGCAGUGUGACAGCAAUGAAGAAAAAAAAAGGAUCAAUUGAAAAUUUAAACAUGAUAUUUGUUGUCUGAUUGGUAAGAGGACAUAAUAUUUACCACUUAUGCCAAUAUUCACAAGAAAAUCACUAAUAAAUACAUGUGAAACUAGA